AUGGGAUCUAUCGACAACCGCGCCCAUGGCACGUCGACUGGCAAGGUCGCCAUAGUGACCGGUGCGACCUCUGGCAUGGGCCGCGACCUGGCAAUCCAUCUGCACAAGAAUGGCUGGAGGGUGGCUGCUGUCGGCCGCAACGAGACUGCCGGCAAAAAGCUGAUUGUGGAGAUCGGCGACGAGAAUGCUCGGUUCUUCCAAGCCGACGUUGCUAGUUAUGAAAGUCAAGCGUCCAUGUUCCGCGCAGUAUGGGAGGCUUGGGGCCGGUUAGAUCUUCUCUGCGCCAAUGCUGGUGUCGUCGAUAAAAGCAGCAUCUACAUCUAUGGCUGGCGCGAUAAGGAUGUGUACGACAUUCCACCCAGACCAGACCUUUCAUGUACGGACAUCGAUUACAAAGGCGUCAUAUAUGGGACGCAGCUGGCAACUCAUUUCAUGCGACACAAUGACCCCACCCCGGGAGGCAAGAUCAUCGUCAACGCAAGCAUCGGCGGCAUCUUUCCGCACCGAGCGUAUCCUGAGUACUGUGGUGCGAAAGCAGCGGUCGUUCAAUUCGUUCGCGGAGUUGCACCUCUGCUUCGAACCAAGGAGAACAUCUACAUCAAUGCUGUACUUCCCGGCGCAGUCGAAACUCCUAUCGUCCCACCAGAGAUGAUCGCUGCCGUCUCUCCCGAGUGGUAGGUCCAGAUGAGGAGAGUGUUCUUCGCCCUGGCUGACUUUAACUACAGCUUGACGCCUAUUUCCACAAUCAUUGAUGCGCACAACAAGUUCAUCAACGACGACACGGGCAUGUCGGGACAAGCGUUGGAGGGAUCCUCUGACCGGCUUGUAUUCUACGAUAUGCCGCCGUUUGGCAAUGGCUACAAGACCGAGCGAGCAGUAACCGUCUGGGAGCCUCUGUUCCGCGCAAUGCAUGGCGAGGACUCGCAACUUGAGGACGCUAUCCCAUGA